AUGAAGUACAAGGCUGCAGAGCUAGAGAGCUGGGAAAGUUCAAGGUUACAAGGUGACAGGUCAUUGUGGACACAAUGUCAAUCAUUAGCUGACAUGAAAUUCACAUAUGUAGUUUCAUGUCAACAAUAUAGUACUCAUAAGCGAUCUAGUGAUCCCAGGGCAAAAGAAAUUUUAAAGCUUAUGAUCAAGUACCCAUCUCUUCGAGUUGCUUACAUUGAUGAGGUUGAAGAGCCUAUCAAAGAUUCAACCCGAAAAAGAGAUAAGUUUUAUUAUUCAGCUCUAGUGAAAGCUGCAUUACCGACAAGUUUAGACCAGGUAAUUUACAGGAUAAAGCUUCCUGGACCAGCAAUAUUGGGUGAGGGAAAGCAAGAAAAUCAAAACCAUGCCAUCAUUUUCACACGUGGGGAAGGCUUGCAAACAAUUGAUAUGAAUCAGGAUAAUUAUAUGGAAGAAGCUUUCAAAAUGAGGAAUUUGCUGCAGGAAUUUCUCAAACAACCUGAUGGUCCAAGAAUGCCAACAAUACUUGGACUCCGAGAGUAUAUAUUUACUGGCAGGUAUGAUCUGUUGUAA